AUCUAUUUCGAACUCUAAACAUAAAAUUCUUCCCAACUUCUCAAUGAAUCAAAACAAUGACUGGAAAUAAUUUCUAGUUUUUUUUUUUAAUUGUUGACCAGGAGAAAUGAAAGAAACUCCCAAGGAAAAAAAAGAAGUUCCUUUUUAUUUUGUUUUGGCGUGAAAAAGGAAAAAAAGAAGUUAAUCGUAACCGCCCAAAAUGCUCUCUCUUCCUUCCUCGCCAGCUUCCCCUCAAAAUCUCAAUCACUCAAUGAAGGAAAAAACCAGACAUUAAUGGCUCUCACAACCGCUCUCAUGAAAACCAUAAAUGCCCAACUCCUCCUCUCAAUCCCCUCAACCACAUCUUCCCUCCAUUCCCAACUAUAAAAAGCACCCCUUCUUAUCACUGUUCUAGCUUCCAAACACACACUUCACUAUACCACCGCCAUACCUACUCCAUUUCCCCCUUUCUCCGUUUCCCACCCUAUUCACUAGCCAAACAUGGCCGCCGUCAAGAUCUCCUCCAAAACCCUAGUCAAGCCGGCCAAGAAAAUCGGGAGGACCGAGUGCCAGCUGGUCACCUUCGACCUCCCUUACCUCGCCUUCUACUACAACCAGAAGCUCCUCAUCUACCAAUCCGACGCCGUUUUCGCCGACGCGGCCGCCAAGCUCAAGGACGGCCUCGCCACCGUCCUCGACGACUUCUACCAGCUCGCCGGCCGCCUGGGGAAGGACGACGAAGGUGUCUUCAGGGUCGAGUACGACGACGACAUGGAAGGCGCCGGCGUGGAAUUCUCCGAGGCCGCCGCCGACGGGAUCUCCGUCGCCGACCUUAUCGCCGACGACGGUACCUCGUCGUUCAAGGACUUGAUUCCGUACACCGGCGUCCUCAACGUCGAAGGCCUCCACCGCCCCUUGCUCGCCGUCCAGCUGACGAAGCUGAGCGAUGGGCUGGCGAUGGGCCUGGCGUUCAACCACGCGAUCCUGGACGGGACAUCGACAUGGCACUUCAUGGGCUCAUGGGCCGAGAUCUGCAACGGGUCCAGCUCCAUCUCCAUCCCGCCGUUCCUGGAGCGGACCAAGGCCCGCAACACCCGGGUCAAGCUGGACCUCUCCCCGCCGGACCCGCUCACCAAGCCCAACAUCGAUUCCGGAGCUCCGGCCAAGAUCCUCAGAGAGAAGGUGUUCAAAUUCCCGGAAUCAGCCAUCGCCAAGAUCAAGUCAACGGUCAACUCGACCCCGCAACCGGACGGCGGAGGAUCGAAGCCGUUCUCGACUUUCCAGUCGCUGGGGGUCCACAUCUGGCGCCACGUCAGCCGGGCGAGGGAUCUGAAACCCGAGGACUACACGGUGUUCACGAUCUUCGUCGACUGCAGGAAGCGGGUCGACCCGGCGAUGCCCGACAGCUACUUCGGGAACCUGAUCCAGGCGAUCUUCACGGUCUUGCCGGCGGGGAUGCUGUCGGGCAACCCGCCGGAGUUCGGGGCGGCGAUGAUCCAGGGGGCGAUCGAGAAGCACGACGCCAAGGCGAUCGACGGGAGGAACGAGGAGUGGGAGGCGGCGCCGAAGGUGUUCCAGUACAAGGACGCCGGGGUGAACUGCGUGGCCGUCGGGAGCUCGCCGCGGUUCCGGGUCUACGACGUGGAUUUCGGGUUCGGGAAGCCCGAGAGCGUGCGGAGCGGGUCGAAUAACCGGUUCGACGGGAUGGUGUUUCUGUACCGCGGGAAGGAAGGCGGGAUUGACGUGGAGAUUAGCUUGGAGAGUGGGGCCAUGGAGAAGCUGGAGAAGGACGGGGAGUUUCUAAUCGAGGAGGGGAUUGCCGUUAAUGGUAAUUAAUUAAUGAUUAAUGGACUGAUGAUCGCGAGGUGCUGAUUACCGUUGGUUGAUUAAGCCUUGGUUGUGUGUUUAGUACUUGGAUAACGCGGGUAUAAUUUGUGACACUUAUUUAUUAUACCAUUUUAUCCAGGGGACUGAAGUGUACCAAAAAUAAGUUUGAGGAGUGAGUCUUUCAAAAAAGAAAGUUGGGGGAGGAGUGAGAGAGAAUCUGUGUGUCUUUUUUCUUUUCUUUCCUUUUGGUAAUGUUCAAGCUUUUAUUUUGGUUUCUUUUCUUUCUUUCUAGUUCGUCUUUGGUAAUGGUAAUGUUUAUGUCGUAUGACAAACUCUGUAACUUUAAUAAUCCUAUAAAUAAAAUUGGUAGUUUGUGAGAGAUGGUUGAUUAGGGUGAACUUUUGUUGAUAGUGUAACAUCGUGGAUAUAUUUUGGACAAUGCACAAAAAAAAUGUUUAAAAAUCGU